CUGCUAGCUGCUCAACCAUACAGGUGGUUCUCUGCUCAACAAGUUAAAACUAGUCGUAACAAUUGUUAGACGACAUUUCGACCACGUGAAAAAGAAGAUUAACCUGAAAUAUGGAGACUAUUGCAAUUGACACCCAAUGGAUUGAAACAUUCAAGUUAAUUUCGAAAGAAGAGGUCGAAUCACCUACUAAAAUACAUAAAAAUGAUGUUCGUCCACGUAUAACAGACACAGUAAAUGAAAGUAAUAAAAUACUGAGUGAAAGUCAAGAAAAUUUUUUCGGACAGCGUCAUUGGCGUAUGAUGCGCAUGCAGCCACUAUUUUCAAGUCAACCAAGACUUGAAAAGAUAUGUAACGAUUGGAAAAAUAAUUUUGUUGAUUCCGGCUUUACAACAUAUAAUUUUCUUGAACCAAUCGAUAAAUCAUUUGAAGAUGAAGAAGAUGAUUUCAAAUAUCUAAUUAAUCUUUGUGGAUGUACCUUGACGAGUCUCAAUUUAUAUUAUUAUCCUGUUUCUUCCGUGAUGCAAUUGAUUAAAUCUAAGUGUCCAAAUCUCAAUGCACUUUUAUUAAGAUUUAAAGAAGUGGAAAGUAAAGAUUUUGAUGAUGUUUUUUCGAACAUGAGUCAUCUUGAAACAUUAAUAAUUAAUUGGCCACGUAAAAACUUAACUUUCCCAAUGACUUUGAUCAAGUCAUUAGAACAAGUUUGUGAAACUUUAAAAACUUUAUUUAUUUUAUGCGAAGGUGAAAGAUCUUGGCUUUCUGACAGAACAUUUACAUUCGAUUCUUUGGUAUUAGCUCCAGAAACUGAAGCUUUAAUGGAUGUAAUCGGUAAUAUGAAAAAUCUCAAGUGUGCAAGAAUCUCAUUGGAAUAUGGUUUUACAGAUGAAUUAUUCAUGAAACUUACCAAUAAUUGUAAAAAUUUGAUAUCUUUAAAAGUCCGUAGUCCAAAUAUAACGGAUAAAGGUUUAAUUGCAGUCAAUAACUUGAAACGAUUAGAAUAUUUUUCCCUUGAUUUAAUGGGAGCAAAUAUAGAAAAUAAUUUCAUCACUGAUCGGUCAGUUCAAUGUUUGUUCAACAACAAUAUGGAAGAGUUGUAUCUACCGAAUUGUAUUAAAAUCACCAAUAGCUCAGUGAUCGAACUUGUUAAAAAUUUACCGAAUUUACGAACUCUCGAUAUUAGAAAUACGAAAGCAACUAUUGAAGUUGUCGAAGAAGUUGCUAAACUAUUAGAAGACAGUGAAAUAAGCUUAACCAUAUAUGUGUCUUUCAAAAUUAAUGAUUAUAACUCUUUUGUAGUAGAGUGGGAACAGCCAUUCUUCGUCGUACAAGUUAACCGAGCACUAAGGUUUAAGAGUUCAUUUAGAGAUAACCAAAUUCAAUAAUAAAUUUUUGCUUAUGUUUUUUUAUGAAACACAUAUAUAUGGUAAUAUUAAUAUUUUUUGUUUAAUUUUAGUUUUGAAAAAUUGUAAAUACCAUUUUGUUUUUUGAAAACUUAAAACCUCAAGAUGUUAUGCGAGAAUGCAUGUGACACGUGGAGAUAUUGAUAUACUUGUAUAUUUUUUUUCUUACAAAUUUGUAUUUUUAAUGACUAUUACAAAUUGUAAAUAUUAUCAUGACU